AUGGGGCUUGUUUAUGAUGGGCAAUUAUCCACGUCAAUAACUUUGGAAGGAUCAAACUUCCUUGCUAAUGGUGAACCCAUUCUCUCUGAAGUCCCUGCUAACAUUGUAGCCACCCCAUCACAGUUUUGUUCCGCAGACAAGGCCAAGAGCAUCGUAGGUUGCUUUGUUGGGUUCGAUGUCGAGGAGCCAAAGAGCCGACACGUGGUGCCCAUAGGCAAGUUGAAUGGCAUAAGGCUCAUGAGCCAUUUCAGGUUCAAAGUCUGGUGGAGCACCCACUGGGUUGGAAGUAGUGGGAAAGACGUGGAGAAUGAUACUCAGAUGAUGAUGUUGGACAAAAAUGAGUCCGGGCGUCCUUAUGUUCUGCUGCUUCCACUCUUGGAAGGGCCGUUCAGGGCUUCUCUCCAGCCUGGAGUUGGUGAUCAUAACGUGGAUAUCUGCGUGGAGAGUGGGUCCACGCAGGUUUGUGGUUCCAACUUCAGGACUUGUCUGUACAUGCAUGUCGGUGAUGAUCCCUAUAGUCUCGUCAAGGAGGCCAUGAAGGUAGCCAGGGUCCAUCUGGGGACCUUCAGGCUUCUUGACGAAAAAACCCUGCCACGUAUAGUAGAUAAAUUCGGUUGGUGCACUUGGGAUGCAUUUUACCUUAAAGUACACCCUAAAGGUGUAUGGGAAGGGGUCAAGGGCCUCGUGGAGGGUGGGUGCCCUCCAGGGAUGGUCCUUAUUGAUGAUGGAUGGCAGUCCAUUUGCCAUGACGGUGACCCCAUCAGUGAUCAAGAAGGCAUAAAUCGAACUUCUGCUGGUGAACAAAUACCCUGUAGGCUCAUAAAAUUUGAAGAGAACUACAAAUUUAGGGAGUAUGAAAGCAUUAAAUCACCUAGUAAGAAGGGCAUAGGUGCCUUCAUUAAGGACAUAAAGGAAGAGUUUAAGACCAUAGAGCAUGGCUUGCAGAUGACAAUGGAGGAUUUAGCUGUAGACAAGAUUGUUAGUAAUGGUGUAGGAUUGGUCCCACCGGAACUGGUUCACAAGAUGUACGAAGGACUUCACUCUCAUCUUGAAUCCCUGGCGAUUGAUGGCGUCAAGGUUGAUGUGAUUCAUCUGCUUGAGAUGCUUGCAGAGGAGUUUGGCGGACGCGUGGAUCUCGCCAAAGCUUAUUACAAGGCUCUAACAGCUUCUGUUAAGAGACAUUUCAAAGGAAAGGCUGUUAUUGCUAGCAUGCAGCACUGCAAUGACUUCCUUUUCCUAGGAACGGAGACCAUAUCCCUCGGUCGUGUGAUGAUUUCUGGUGCACUGACCCCUCAGGCGACCCGAACGGGACAUAUUGGCUUCAGGGCUGCCACAUGGUGCAUUGUGCCUACAACAGCUUGUGGAUGGGCAACUUCAUACAACCAGAUUGGGACAUGUUCCAAUGAACUCACUAAUGUGCUGAAUUCCAUGCCGCAUCACGAGCUACGUCUGGUGGACCUAUUUAUGUAA